GUUCAGCCGGACCGCCCUUUCCUUCCCCCCGACCAGAACCUCCUCCUGUCAAUCGGACAACCCGGGAAUCCAAAAUGUCUGCCCCCUCGAUCACCAACUACAUCGUCAAGCGCCCAUGGCUCAAGCGCUGGAUGACCCCCAUCGCCCAGUGGUACACCGAUGCCGCCGGCUACAGACGCCUCGGACUGAAGUUCGAUGACCUGAUCCCCGAGGAGAGCGAGACCGUCCAGAAGGCCAUCAAGCGUCUGUCUUCCAAGGAGGCCUACGACCGCGUCUUCCGUCUCCGCCGUGCUGUCCAGUGCUCCAUCUCUCACACUCUCCUCCCCCCUCACGAGCAGACCAAGCCCGAGGAAGACGUCGAGUACCUCAGCCCCAUCAUCCGCGAGAUCGAGAAGGAGGCCAAGGAGCGUGCAGACCUUGACAACCUCGUUGUCCGCAAGUAAAUGCUUCCGGGCAGAGACCUGCAAUUGACUACGCAAAACUAUAAGAUUUACAGGGCGAAAGGGCUGUCUGCAUGAAAUAGACGUCGGGUUUUAUUUGGCGAUGGAUACGCACCCGCCGUUGAUUGGGGUGUCUAGUU